AUGUAUAUUAAAUUGGACCUUACCCGAAGCCAAGAAUAUGGUAAUAAACCAAUUAAAGAGCUGGACUCAUUGGCUUUGCUGAAGAAGCCUCAGAAGGGGAAAUACUUUAAAUCUAGUUUUGCUGUUCAAAAUGAAUUGCAAAGAAAUACAAUUUUAAAUAGGAAAAGUAACGAUGAUUUGUUUUCCAUUAAUACCACCACCAAUAACACUAAUAAUAUUAAUAAUAAUGAUGACAAUACAAAUAAUGCUAAUACCAAUAUUUAUGAAUUAACGAGACAAUUUUCUGCUAUCUCUCCAAGAAGCAGUCUUACUGAAGAAAAGAUAGAUGAAAUGUUUAAUAAUGAAAAAAAGAAUGCCGUUGAUUCUCUAAACCCAAUUUAUAAAAAAUCUGGUGAGCUGGUUAAAAGUUCAUUGAAGAAAAGAUCAAUGUCUUUGCCAAAUACAACUUAUCAUAAAGUAAUCAGCGAAACUACAAAAUUAAAUUCAAUAAGGACAAGAAGUAAAAGUGUACACUUUAAUGUGCAUGCUCCUGUCAAAUAUUUUUUAAAAGAUGAAAGUCCAAUUGAUUUAUCUUUAUCUGAAGUUAAAAUGGAUAAAUUGAGCUACACGCCAAAACAAUUGACUAGAUCAAAUUCCCCUGAGAAAGAUCAUAUUGAAUAUGAAGAGGAACCUUCCUUUUUAUUCGAUAAAUUAUCAAUAGUUGAUAAACCUCCUAAAAAGACCAACAAUAAUUCACAUAACAAUGAUAGCAGAAUAAGAGGCUUAUAUAAUGUGAAUUUCCCUAUAUUGUCAAAUAAAAACCCAAAAAGUUUGAAGUUAAAUAUUUUCAUCAAUCUUUCACAACAGAAAAAGUGUUUUUUACAAGAUCUAACAUUGCAUAUUCAAAAAAAUGCACUAGUACCUUCAGGUUAUCAGGCACAUACCAGUUUUUUAUAUUCAUUCAUUGUGGGUAGAGUUUUAGUUAAGAAUAUCCACUUUGACAAAAGAGUGAUAGUGAAAUAUACUUUUAAUCAUUGGAAAACUUCACAUGAUACUCAAUGCAUGUAUAUUAGCGACGCACAAGCAAUAUUACCGGGAACAAAUAUGGACAUAUUUAAGUUCAUUAUAGAUUAUAAUGAUAUAAAAUCCAAUAAGGGGGAUUUAGAAUUUUGCAUUCAGUAUGUUACAAGAAAUGAUGAGGAAGUAAUUGAAUUUUGGGAUAAUAAUGAUGGAAAAAACUAUAAAGUUGAUAUAAUAAUGAAUGGAUUUACAAAUCCCUUUAUUUAG